AAGGCUGUUGAGGUGUUUCUGGGAGUUUAUCGAGAGGGCAGCCUGCAGAAAAGGAUGGAGCGGGGGCUUUCUGCGUGGAUCUAAUCCCGAGGCGAGGCUGCACGCAGAAAAAGGGGGGAAAUAGGAUGGACAACACCAAUAGCUAUAAAAAAGUCAAUUACUUGAAGGUGUGAUGGAUCCUCUGCGGGCUCAGCAGCUGGCAGCUGAGCUGGAAGUGGAAAUGAUGGCUGAUAUGUACAACAGAAUGACCAAUGCCUGCCAUCGUAAAUGUGUUCCCCCUCACUACAAGGAAGCUGAACUGUCAAAGGGGGAAUCUGUGUGCCUGGAUCGUUGUGUCUCCAAGUACUUGGACAUUCAUGAGCGCAUGGGCAAGAAACUGACAGAACUUUCAAUGCAGGAUGAAGAGCUGAUGAAGCGGAUGCAGCAAGGGACUGGGCCUGCCUAAACCCUUGCUUCUGAUUCUCCCAGCCUAUCCCUACAGCUAGAGUCUGGACUGGCGUUAAUUCUUGCUUUUGCCAAUAAAACAUCCAUGCUGUGUUAGCUCUACUGGCUGCUGAAGGGGCUGAAGCUUUGCCUUCCUUUCUUAGGCUUGAUAAAUGAUGAUGCCUUGUGAAGAAAAACAGUCUCAUCUCUGGGAACCCUUUGUUAGCUUAUUCUUUCUCUUAUAUGAAAAUUGGAGGCCAACCCUUUGGGUUUGCUCAGUGGGCUGUUUUAACAGUUAAUAUCCAGCUCCACAGAUGUUCUUGGGUUGUUUCCAUUCUCUUGGUACACUAACAGAAAAGAAAAAGAAGCCGUUUAUACUUUUUCACAUAUCAAUUAUCAUUCAAUUAAAACACUGUUCUUUAUUAGAUGUGUGCCAUAUUUCAAAUUCAAGGCUAGGCAGGAUACUUGAGUAGCACCUGCUUUUACUUCCUUAAAGCAGCUGCUAUGUCUUUUCCUGAAAUCUGUUUACUAUACACCAGACAGAUUUGCAGACAGAUGCUGUGUGCAUCUCCCCAGGUGUUCCCCAUUUUGCUUUUGACAUCAAAGAACUGCAUGCUCUUCUGUUUAGAACAGUGUUUCCCAACCUGGGCAACUUUGAGAUGAAUGGACUUCAACUCCCAGAAUUCCCUGGCCAAUAUGGUCAUUGCUAGGAAUUCUGGAAGUUGAAGUCCACACUUGUGAAAAUGCUGGUUUAGAAUCAUAAGAGCUGAAAGGUAUUGAGGGCAUUUCUAAUAUGUUCCCUCUCCUACUGCUUGUGGAACCAUUAACUCACUUCCGUGGGGAAUGGAAAUGGUGCACAACACAACAAAUAUCUCUUAGCUAACCUAGGUAGUCAGCCAAGCUAAAGGGGGGGGGGAAAUCAAUCCAAGUUAGCAGCCAGUGUUAGGAAUGGGGAGGGAUAAGAGUCUUCCCUUGCUCCAAAUUUCAAACAUGAGAUGCUUCAGAGGCAGAGUUUUCCACAAAGGAAAAGGAAUUGGAGAGCAGUACUCAUGCUGGCCCCUAGGAUAUGCCUGAUAACAUUAAUUUUUAAUGUUUAAAUAAUUGAUAUGAACUGAGUACUUCCGGUGAUUGGGCUCAUGGAUGAACUGGCUGCAGUUUCAAUAGAAAAUCAGUAGGGGGAACUAAAGCCUGCAACUUUGAAGGCCACAGGGCUGCUUGCUUGGUUGGUUUGCCGAAGUUCAGGAAGUAGGGGACCCCAGUAUGUGGAACUCUUAAUGGACACACGCAGAGACAUAGUAUCUUGGAGAAUUCUAGAAUGCUACGAUAUUUGAUAAGUGACUUCUGAUUCAACCACUUCUUCAAAGAAAGAUUGCUCAAGUUAUUAGCUGUUGGCUUCUUUGCCAAAAUAGAGCUGCUGUUCUUUGAUGUACUUAAUGAACCAGCAAUUUUUCAUUAUAUCCUGGUAUCUUUUAUUGGAGUCUGCAAGCCAUUUCUCUGUAAUUUGAACUGGAGAUCCUAUUUCUCUUCAUGUUGUCCUAAUUCUGCUGGAAAUAAGGUGUGGCACAUUGUUGCUUUUCAAAUUGCUUUUUGCCUCAAAUGCACUUGUAAUUCAAUAGCUGUUGAAAAAUGCCUCUGCGUUUCUGCAUUUCUCUGGUGC